UAACGGGGGCGCGCGCACGCCGCCGCCGCCGCCGCGCGAGCACCCUCUAUGAGGGCGCGAGCACGCCGCCAUCCACGACGCUGUGAGCGCGGGUGCUCCGGCCGGCCUUGGGGGCGGGGCUGUAGGAGCCGCUGAGCGAAGCGAGAUUCUGCUAGAGAGGAGAUGGCUGCUUCUUCAUCAUCCUCCUCAGCUGGCGGGGUCAGUGGCAGUUCUGUCACUGGCUCUGGUUUCAGUGUCUCGGACCUUGCUCCACCACGAAAAGCACUUUUUACCUACCCCAAAGGAGCUGGAGAGAUGUUAGAAGAUGGCUCUGAGAGAUUCCUCUGUGAAUCUGUUUUCAGCUAUCAAGUAGCAUCCACACUUAAACAGGUGAAACAUGAUCAGCAGGUUGCUCGGAUGGAAAAACUAGCUGGUUUGGUAGAAGAGCUGGAGGCCGAUGAGUGGCGGUUUAAACCCAUCGAGCAGCUGCUGGGGUUCACUCCCUCUUCUGGUUGAUGUUGCCUGGAUGGUCACCUCUGGUGCUCAACGAGUGCAGAGCCAGCAAGGCACUUUCUUACACUUACAUAGCCGCCCAGAGAUUCGCAGCUACAUCACUGAAUGGGUCAUUCACAUCCACACUUGGUUUCUCUGUCUCCUCUGUAUCUAACCACAGGCAACAGAUACUCAGAUGUGUGUUCCAGAAGGAAACAUGUUUGUUUGUUUGUUUAAAAAGUAUUGCAAAUCAGAUUAAGAUAGUUGGUCUCAGAGAACCUUUCUUGGAUUUAAGAGAUACUUAAAAUUUGUCACAAGCCAGGUAAGACGCAUGCCAGAAUUGGCCAACUGAAUGGCACCUAGCUGUCCUUGUACAGUGCCUGGAAAUCUGUCAAGUCCAAAGUCGGGAUCCGUAGUUAUAAAAUACAGCAUUUCUGCCCUAAAACAGCUCUUUAUGCUGAAUGUGAUUUCAACUCAGGACCUGUUUAAAUGAGGAAUUUUUAAAUGUUCAGGUUUUUUUCUGUUAUUAAACAUCUAAUUCUAAAGAUUCUUUUUCUAACUGUUCUAGACAUGCCAAAUACUGGCAAAAAAGAAUUGCUUUUUAAAUGUUGCAGCACUUGUGAAAAUAAAGCAGGGGCAAAAUCCUAUUAAACAUAUGUACCUGGAGUUCAUCUCAUUAGUAGGCUCAGCAAUUUUGUAACAAAUAAAUCCUUUGAAAGCGCUCCAAA